AAAGUGCCUUCUGCUGUCUUCGUCAUCGAUUCGGCAGGCGGGACCUGGCUUAUUUCUGGACAAGCCGGAAUUCACCCUAUUUGUAUAUCCUAAAAGAAUCUGGUUUUUUUCAAGUGUUUCAGUGUUCAAUAGGAAAGGGCGAGAACGUUAAAUGCACACAUCGUCCUAAGCUGAAAGUUUUGGUUAACGACAUUGGAGACUUCUUUCCAUAACAAUGGCAACGAGAGGUGGUCCAGUCGCAUCUGGAACUGAUGGAUCGGAUUAUGGACACCGUGAAAGAGUUGCUAACCAGUAUCGGAUAAGCGCUCAGAGCAAGUCACGACUAAAAGCUUGUCUCUUUUUCCACAUACUGCUGUUUUUUCUGAUGCUUGCCAAACUGUCUGCUGACAUUUUUGAUCGACUAGACAUCUUUAUUUUGGAGAUUGAAGAGCUUGAAAUCCCCAAGCCACUAGUCUGGGAGUAUGCAUGGUGCUGCAGCCUGCCAUUCGUCUUUUAUGGCCUAUCGUCAUUGCGACGCAAUGUCAUUAGAUCCAUGUCUGUUUUUGUCAUGGGUGAUGUUGUUUUUGCCCUUCUUCCUGUCUUCUUUUCCCUGGCAUACUACCUUGGUGACUUUUGGCAGUACGUUAGUUCGCGUUCUUCAGAUGGCCUGAUGUUAUGGCAGGGCUAUCCAUACGCGCUUCUGUGGUACGGAUUCUCGUUAGUUGCCCUCCAGAUUCACCUCUUCUCUCUGUUUUUCGCACACACUUUGAUAUCAGCUUGGAGAGCCCGUGGAGGUGCAACAACCAAAAAAAUUAACUGAAGUCAAGCACAACAGCUUUUAAUACUCGUAUUCUCGUGCUCACCCUACUGGAUUGAUCCUCAAAGCCUGACAAGAAAAUACUUGUGUUUGACGAUUUGCAAUACAUACUACCAGCCCUCCCCA